AUGCUCAAUGAAGCAGCCCUCGCCCUUGCUGUGGUCACUAUCCUGGCCUACUGCCUUGAAUUGCUCUCGCGAGCCCUCGACGACCCCCGUGAGCCCCCACGACUAGCCCCAAGAAUUCCCAUCAUCGGCCAUGCUCUCGGCUUUCUCCGCUAUGGCUUCGACUAUUACAUGCUGACCAAUCAGGCUGCCAACACAGGCAUCUACAUGCUGGGCUGCCUAACUUGGAAAGUGUACAUCGCGCACGACCCGCGCGUUGCAAACCUCCUUGCAAAAUCAAAGGCUAUAUCUCUGCGGCCCUUUCUCCGUCAUGCCGGGAAACUGCACGGCACGAUCAGUGACGAGGCCUAUGCGUUGUUCGACGGCGACCUGGCCGACUAUUUCAGCAAGCGCACCAAGGAGCUGUUGACGCCGGGGCCAGCCCUGGAUGAUCAGAACCUUCGCAUGGCGCAGCAGUCGCUGGACGAGGUCAGUAAUAUGGCCAACAAGGAGCCUACGAUUGAGUUGUUCCAGUGGUCGAAGCGGACGGUCAUGCUAGCAACGGGGGCCAGUUUGUUCGGGGCGGAGCACCCGUUUAAAAAUCCGAGCAUCGCAGAGGCAAUGUGGACAUGGGACGAAGCUCGACCGGGCCAUAUAUUUGGGUUCGAUCCCUGGGGCACAGGGUACAAAGCCCGGACGGCCGUGUUCGCGGCAUUCAGGGAGUACUUUGAGAGUAUUCCGGACGACGCAUCGGAGGUGAUUAAAGAGCGUCAUAGGGUCCUUCGCGAGGGUGGACUGAGCGAAGAAGACGCGUACAAGCUACAGUCGACCCUCAGCAAUGCCUACUUCAACACCAUCCCUACACUGUUUUGGACGAUCCACGACAUAUACUGUCGGCCGGAGCUCUUAGAGGAUAUCCGGCAGGAGGUGUCAACUAAAGCUGUGCAAAGGUCCAGGGACGCGGAUAAUGGCUUCGUACUAGACAUUGCAGCGCUCCAGACCCAGUGCCAUAUCUUGUUGUCUGCACUCCAAGAGACACAGCGCACGAGGCAUGCGCAGGUCGGCAUGCGCAUGGUGAUUGAAGACACACUGAUCGAUGGAAAGUACUUCCUCAAGAAAGGAACUGCCCUGCAUCUCCCCGCCAAAUCAAUCCAUAGAGAUCCCUCAAUAUGGGGAUCUGAUGCUCCUGAAUAUGACCCCUACCGAUUUGUGCCAGGGUAUACAGGGGAACCGAAGACAAAGGUCAUGCCGACGGCCUUCCUACCUUGGGGCUCGGCGCCGUGGCUAUGUCCUGCUAGGCAAUUUGCUGCGACAGAGAUUCUGAUCAUUGUGGCCUUGAUGGUGUUGCGCGUGGACUUGAGUUCAGUGGACAGAGAGUGGGAGACGCAACCAGCCACCAAGUCCAUCUCGAUCGCGACGCUGCCGCAUCCCAAGGAGGAUAUGCGGUUGAAGGUCAGUGAACGCAGGGAGGGGAUAGGCUCCUGGUCGGUUCUACUGGGGAAGAACAAGAUUAGAAUAUCACUGUCGUCAGGAUAG